AUGACUCCUCAAGUUCUCCAUAUGACCGUUGAUGUUGAAUGGGGAGAUAUAUGUUCCCGCCGAACGAAUGGCCCUCUUGCAAAAGAAGUGUCACACAAUCCACUUAAAAUUCAACCCCCCAACGUGGAACUGUAUGGUGGCCGUUCGCACAACAAGUCAUUCGUGCUGUUCCGCCUGGGGACGCGGGCGUCAAAUGGCGUCAAGACGUUCGCGGAAACGGGGCGUACUGACGUCCUGGAGGAGCAGACGCAGGGCGAGGGCGGCGUGUACGACGAGUUUAACGCGCCACCCAUCAGUACGGGAUCAGGGCGCACAGAGGCUGAGUUCUUCGUGGACGGAAACCACUCCAGGGUGUCACUCAUGUCGAGGAUUGUGCCAUCUCCUGAUUGGUUUAUUGGGAUCGACAGUUUCGAUCUGUGUGUGAAUGGGAACUGGUUGGACAGCAUCACUAUCGAGGUGGACCCUGUGGAUGCUGGAACGGACAAUGGGUUUACAUUCACAGCUCCCAACUGGCCCACGGAGCCGCAGGGGUUGAUCUACAGGGUGACAAGCCGCUAUCCAGCGCACCCCGCCAGUUCAUUCUACUACCCUUAUAUGAAGCGACUACCCCCCAUCGCCACCUUUCAGUUUAUCAAGGUGAAGGAGUACGAACUGAGUGAGGUGUUCCACCACUCGGAGGACGACAGGCAGUACGAGGUGCUCCGUAUGGAACACAUGACUCGCAACACGAUCGACGUUCUCAACAAUAACGACAUAGAGGCGGAGAUCGAGGAAGAACGCAGAGAGCAGGAGCGACGGAUGCAGCAGCUCAGCACUACCACGCAUGCGCCGAUAACUUCCACAACUGGGACCGCCACCCUCGAAAAUUCCGCCAGUACGAAUCAGAUGACCUUGGCGCGGGUGUCUGUGCCUUCAACAGGCAUUAUUCCGAAAGGUGACAAGGACGCCAUCUUGAACAGCAUCGUGGAGACGUACCGUACUUCGACAACUGGCGACAAGGAUCACCACCGCAAGAAAUACAAAGGAAAGCCCCGGAAUAAACUCCACAAAAUUAGGCCACCGCGCGACUGCCGGGUGAGCGACUGGACACAGUGGGGGCCGUGCAGCAAGUCGUGCGGUAUUGGUGAGAUGACACGAAGACGCGAAGUGAUUAAGCACGCGAGGCGCGGCGGCAUAGUGUGCCCGCCGUUGCAGGAGACGAAGUGGUGCGGCAGUGCUAGAGCGUGUUCGCGCGGAUACUUCAACUGGUAGGUUCCCUGACCAACAGACACUUCGACUCUACUCUGUGGCUGCCUCGGCGGUCACUACAGCCGGUUACACACCGGCAACAUUGCAGUAACCAUCACUUCUCUUGGGUAACAUCAAACGAGGUGGUAGUUACGAGACUUUAAACAUCUGGUAAGUUUAUUGUGACCUGCGAAAGAAAAAAAACCUGUGUGUCAAAUGGCGACGAAUUGUAUCAAAGAGGAUAUUUUAGUCGCAUGACGCACAAUAAUUUGCUACCAGAACAAUUUUCUCCCAGUUUUAUAAAAUAAUUCAGAACUUAAUUUUAGGCUAUGAAAUGAAAUGUGUUCAUGGGCUCUUUACGAUGUUAUAGUACACAGUCACAAAGUACUAUGACGAUAUAUUCGAGGAUAAACUGAAGAUUUUAAGCAAUAACAAAAUAUUGUUUACAUGGCUUUCCGUUAAUUUUUAUAUAGUGGUAUAUAAAAAAUAAACUACUCAAAAAUAAAUUUUUAUUACAAAUUACUGUACUUUAAAUUUUAUACGGGCGUAUUUCAAAGUUGAAUAACUAGCUCAUACUGAUUAUGGUUCUUCGGUUCUAAAAAUUAUUUCCAUCUGUUUCAAAGAAAGAAACUACAAUAACUACAAUAAUAAUAUUAAUAAUAAUGUAAAUGCUCAAAACAGAACAUGUUCCUCCCAUUGGAUUAAAGUAGCACAGAUUGAAUUCAGCUUCAGUAUAGCCUUGAAUAACCAGUUGUAUUUUCAAUAAUAUGGAUUAUUUUUUAACUUCAACUUUAUACUUUAUAAUUACCAUGAAGUACAUUCGUCAUGACAAAGCUGGGCCUGAUUCUCAGUUAAAUAUAAAAAAAUAUUUCUUAGAAAAUGUAAUUACUGUAUAAACCACACAUUUGCAGAUUGUAUUCAUAAACACUGUGACUGACACAAUUGGAAACUGUCAGCGUCGUAGUGAGUGUCUUUUAUAUAAAUCAGUGAGUGUCCUUCGUCUCCAAUUUUCAGUCUUUGAAAGUCCACAGUCGAUUGUCAUUGUACGGUUUACUCUGCUGAAUGUGUUUCAAGGCUGAAAACGCUGUCACGUGUCCCAACUUCUUUACCGAGAUGUUCCAGAAACUAUGGACAAAAAUUUAUAUAUUAAUUCUGUAAUUUUGAAAUGUUUAAAAAAUUGCAGUUUGGAAGUAACGAAAUCAUAGAUAACAGCAGUGUUUAUAAAAUGUCGUCGUACACUACAAGUACAAUACGGAAAUUAAAUGAAAUGAAAAAUCAUCUAGAUUGAAAGAAAUUAAGCAUUUUGAUUCGUUCUGGACAAGUUGGCAAGUGUUGGUGUGUGUGAGAUAAUUCGUGUGCUCUCAGUUUGUUGGAAGUUUGUAUGUCGUUUCUUAUUUGAAAGUAUAUUAGUAAUAAUUUGAAAUGAAAGUAAGUAAUAUAGAAUGGAGAUCAGCGUUUUGACAAUCGGAAGUCGAACAAUCCUUGUAGUUAUGUACCGAGUUCUUGUGAACAUUACUAGGGAAACGUGAACUUAAGUAGUGAAUAAACAAUCCAACCAACAUUUGAACUGUCUUCUACAACUAGUGAAAUAAUAACUUGUUUAUAGUAAUGAAUAACCAACCCCAUGGUUACAAUGCAAAGGCUGAAGUGAAGUUGCAUUAAUUUCUCUUAUAAUUAUAAUUAACAUGUGAAAAAUUAGGUAAAAUUUGCUGAAUAAGAGCUAUAUACACAUAUAUAAAGGACACAAGAAUAAAAUACACAAAUAAUUUUGUGAUUUUAA